AUGUCUUCAACAAAGGCCCGCACCUCGGUCCGCUACAGCACAUACAGCGUAACCCCCUCCGUCACUCCAACCUUUGCCACCAACGACUCAGCACAAGCCGAAUUCCGCGACAUCGCCACCGGACUCGAUCGCAUGGAGAAUAAGGCCCUGACUAUGCAGCGCGUCGUCCUCGACCAGGAGAAGACGGAUAACCUUCGCAAGCUCGCACUUGGUGCCAAACUCGAGCGCGCGCUCGACCGCCGAAUGAGCUCUCAGGACGCCGUCAUGCGCCCCCGGCCCAAACAGCCCGUCAUUUCCGAAAAGCAGCAGCUUGUUGAAAAGGUCGCCUAA